AUGGAUUGUUUGCCGGAAAUAGUGAUUUUGAAAGUAUUUUCUUUUUUGCCUGUUGCGGACUUGGGAAGAGUAGCCAAAGUCUGUAGUGACUGGCGACGCCUGGCGUAUGACCAUUCAUUAUGGAAAGCCGUGAAUGUGAAGCGACAAGCCACAAAGCUCGACGAAGAGACUCUGCACAUGCUCAUAAGGACAAGAUUUUCUCAUUCCCUUUCAAUUCUUCAUUUAGGCGGAUGUAAAGUUUCGCUGGAGUUACUGAGUGAAUUGAACAGAAAAUGUAAAAGUUUGAAAUAUUUGAUAUUCAGUCGCGGAUCAAAGCUGCGUCCACCAAGCCCACCUCCAAAGUACACAGAAAUCACAUACGAGUUCCCUUCACAGUUAGAACUGGUGGAAUUGAGGCCUAUUAAAGGGGAUUUCAGUUUCCUUGGUCGGAUAGCAAGACACUUCUGCGAGGUAAAAUACCUGGGUAUUGGAAAUAAUUCUUCGAAAGGCGCGGUCCCCUCUAUGUUCACCAAGAUGCAAAGGCUAGCCAUCCUUGACUGCACAAACUGCGACACAAUCACAGAUGAUGUUAUCGGUAAAGUGGCCGAAUGCUGCCCUCUUUUAGAGUCAUUUUGUUUAAACGGAUGUAAGUACGUUUACGGACGAACAUUUUGCACGCUAUUUCGAUCGUGUUCGCGAUUGCGCACUCUGCUUCUCCGUUAUACUCCGGUGCGUGAUGACUGUUUCGUGAUUCCAGAGUGGAAGUACGUGCCAGUAGAGGAACUCGACAUUUCAGCAUGCUCAAACAUUACGCAGAUAGGUCUUCUCAGUCUAGUCACCAAUGUGAAGACGCUGAAGUAUCUCAACUUGUCCUACUGCGGUGUUGGACGUGCAGUCACGGACGCUGUACUGCUGCAGAUAGCAAGACAGGAGACAGGAACAUUCUUAGAAAUGCUGGACGUACGAUGGAGUUUAACACUUACGCCCGAGGCACUAUACAUUCUAUCUCGAUCUUGCCCCAGGCUGAAAUGCUUAGGAGUAUAUCAGUCUUCUAACAUCAACCCAUCCGCUAUGGCAGAGGUUUUAAGGAUGCUACCGAAGUUGCAGAUUCUGGAAUAUGGAGCUUUCGGCAAGGCCAGCCUUUCCGAGAGCAUGUUUAUUCCAAAUAUGAUUCGUCAUUGUCAAUUUAUCGAAGCAAUCUCGCUGAUAAACUUCGCUUCAAUGGACUCUGUCGCCGAUGCUGUGCUAAUAAACGCUUUGGUGGAGAACAGCAAGUUUCUGAAACGUAUAAAUCUAUGCGAGCCCGAUCCAACGUUGCUAGAUUUAGUGCAAGAAUUGCCCCCGACCACCAAGGCAAAGGUGACUCAAAGAUGGCAGUGCGUGCUACCACCGCCCGACCAUACUUUGGAUGCGAUUAUUGCUAAGCUAAAAUACAACCCUCCUCACCCCCCACAUUAACUUUUUGUUUCCAAGUGCGCGCGCCUAUCUUAGAAAUUCGUAGAGACUUGAGGCUAGGCACAUGAUAACCACAUAAUUUCACGUGUUUAUGUAAGAUCUUCAAAGAUAUUGGAUACUUUGGGGGCAAUUUUUUUUAUUUUUUAAGCUUUCAAACUGAAAUGCAGGCUCGCGCUAACAAUGACUAUCCGACCAUCCUGUUCCUGGUCGGCGUAAAUCAUCGUUAGUUAGGAGUAUAUUAUGAAUUUAUUGACAGUUUUGAAUAUCAUUUUCGCUGGAUUAUUGAUUACUGAAGGACCAAGAUGAACCCAUAACUUCUUACUGACAAUUUAGGAGCCUUGUCAGUGCUUAUCUGUGAGUCAAUAAAAGAGCCGGUACUUUGUUUUCGUGUACUGUCGUGUCAAUAUUAGCAGAAGGUAUUGGUUUUUAAUAUUUACCACGUCAGUGAAUAGCAAUUUUCGCGCGUUUUGAUUGGCUCCCGUAAUUCGGAAUAUCCUUGGAUAUUCACUGUUUUGGGACGGGAUUCAUAAUGGCUUUUCGUUUCGCUACAGUUUCGAAAGAAGAAAUUUUAGCGGCAAAUGAAGCAGCUGCACGAACAAAUACGGCCAAAAAAGAGACACAAUUUAGCUUGUUGGUGUUUACUGGUCGGUAGAAAAAAAUUUUGUUGCUGAAUUUGCAACAUAAUCAUAAAAGAUGAUUCCCGACACACUGUCCACUGAAACGUAAACAAACUUUAAGUGACGUAUUUUAUUUACAAAAAGUUCCGUUUUGAUUUUUAUCCAACUGAUUUGGUAAAUACUAAAACAACUAUCCCCCUCAUAGUCGGUUCAUAACGCUAGAUAUAUUCCUCGACGAUUCGCGUCUCGGUAUAUAGGCUACCACUACUCACCUCCCCUUGGGGGGAUAGUUGUAUAGUAUUCUCCACUUUAGAAACGAGACAAAAACUGGGUCGAGUUAACGUUUGCAAGGACGUCUGGGACUCUUACUAAAGACAGGGAAAAAAUUGGCCAAUAGCUGACCGGUGCGUCCCCAGUAAGUCUUUGCGAAGCUAACCCUGCCCAGUUCCCCUCUCGUUUCUUAAAUGGGGAAUUGGCUUGGUUACGUCAUAGGAGCGCGAAUAAAGGAGGGCAGAUGGUAAAAGAAUGGGUGUUCACGCUCUGGUUAUUUACUGCAUGAAGGGCCUCUGUGUUUGCGCAGCAAAGUGUAUUAAAAAUGAAUGUUUAACACGAGAAUGAGGGAAGUGAUUCAUCGAAGUCGAAAAAACCAUAGCGCAGCCGUAGUAACAAACUUUAGAUCGGGUAAAACAUUCUUCCGAAUGUUUGAUAUGGCGUCCAAAAUAAAAUAAACAAAAGGCCAUUUUAUAGUUUUGGGCUUAGUGUCCUAGCCUUCGAGCGAACGUGAGGCUGAAGUUGAUCUUGUUUUAAUACAAACCUCCUUCCUUUCCUAAUGUAAAUUUUGCUCAAAAAUACUAGAAAGCAUAAGAACCACUUUCAAUUGCACCCAAAUAUAAAGGCCUUUGGCAACUUUUUCACACAUUUUUCAAUUUUUAAGGGCCAAGUGCUUGUGAGGCCGAGUGUUGGAAAUGGCCUUACAGCUGCAGGGCUUAAUUGAAUUCACUCAUCUUCGAUCCUAUAUUAGCUUCUUUCCCCGGUCAUUCCUAUCGAGUCAACAGAGUCAACACACGAUCGAAAAUGUGAAUCGAAUCUAAAUUAGAAAGUAACCUAUUUCGAACUUAGGUUAGAAUUUUAAAAAAAAAAAUCUGUUUACAUGCGUGUAAGAGCCAGAAAAAUAAAUGAUAUACCGCAACUCAUAUUUUGUGGUGAUACAUUAGUUUCUAAAUUAUUCAUGAUGCGCUGAAAAUAACAAGCAUAUCAUAACAGAUUACAAAACACUUUCUAAACAAUACUAAAAGGUUUAUUUAAUCUUUUCAUAAACGUUUACAUCUGAAGCAAUUUCAAACCACUGAUUUAUUUUUCAAUCUUUUUUGGCCUUCAAUUUUCACUAAUGAUCUUUCUACAAGACCGUUCUGGCAAUAUUCAAUUUUCCCAAAGUUUACUAUGGCGAAGAUUUCUGCUUGUUGUCGGUGGUGUAGACAUUGUGUGUUUUUCUGGAGAGGUUGCUUCUACAAAGAUGAAUUUCUCUUGGAAAGGUGAGUUCCUUGAGUUCUUAUUCAAAUCAAUACGGCGCUUUCGCGAAUGUCGCACGUUGAAUAUGCUUCACGUCUUAUAAAGUUUGCGAGCGCUUUAUUUUUCAGCUCAUCGCCGAUCUGCGUCAUAAACUAGGUAACUGUUACAUUGAUUACAUAAAAUCGUUAUUUCGGUGAUAGCGUCAAAUUCACUUACAUGUUUAAUCGAAAAAAGAGAAUAUAUCCAUACAAUUUAAUCGUCCAAUUUUAAUAUUUCAACCACAAUUGGGAUCAGUUUUUGUGAAGUUUAGUUUGAAAUUUUUGGCAAACGAACAAAUUUAAAGUUUACUUACUGUUCACAGCUAAAACCAAAGAUGUUUAGUUCUGUCUUAACAAAUAAUUUGCUCGACCUAAUCAUAAAUUUUGAAUAAAAAAAGAAAGAAAAGAAAAGAAAUUAAAAACGCACUCAAAGAACUCCUCAAGUUUUCUGGAAAAAUGACUUAGUGUUCUAUGAUCUUCUGUGGUCCUGUUUCUGAUUCUGAUUUCACCCAAUAUUACAUUUCCUAGUCAUACCAUAGCUUGUCGAAAUAUCUGGGAGGAUUUUGUUUGCAGAUGAAAUUGUUCUGUUUCUAUCUGUGCAAUAAAAGAUAAUUAUAGUAAUUAUUAUUAUUAUUACUAUUAUUAUCGAAAAUAGUAAUACAUCGCAAUAAUGAAUGUUAUAAAAACCUUUUUAUUUCCAGUUUCUAUGAAGAAAUCAGCCCACAAGAAUGGAAUUUACUUGAAAAUGAAGCUAGAAAAAUAAAAGGUGAAUUCUUUUUUUAGCAGGUUAAAAUGUAACGAGUUACUACUCUUACAAUUGCAAGAGAAAGGAACAAGAAUGUCCUGGAAAGGACGUUAACCAAAGCUAAACAUGAAGUCAUGGCGGAGGAACGGAACGAGGAGGGAGCAGUGAAAAACUUAGGUUUAGGAACAGGGCUAGAGAUUGAAGCUAAACCUUGAGACUGCGGAUCAACUUAGGCUUCUAGGAAACUGCCCACCUACCCCUCCCCUAACUCGACCUUAACAUUUACGUCUCACUUGGGGCAAAAAUUUGGGUUAGGGGAAGGGUAGGUGGGCAGUUUCCCAGAAACCUAAAUUGUUCCGCAGUCUCAGACUGCUUCCUCAAACUGCCUUUGUAACUGCGUCCGUUUAAGUCAGCUUGAAUUCUCGAUAGAAAAAUUUACAUGUUUUUAUCUACGAUAUCAUCUUCUUGGAUGCAGCCCCAAAACGUCAUUGUUUACCCCUCGAAAGAGGCAGUCCCCUUGCAUAUAUUUGCGCCUCUUUUAUAACUUAAAAGUACGUAAUCAUUUCUUAUUUUCUAGAUAACUCUACAGAGAAAAUUGUUCUGGUGGAGACAAAUGGCUUGCCGCCCUCAAAAGAGUCAAAAGAGACAGCAGUAAGCCAAAUUGAAACAUCAAAGCCUUGGCGUUCAUUAGUGGAUUUUUCCGCCAAAGAUUUCCUUGACUUAGAGACUAACCAAGAAAAGAGAAGUUUAAAUACAAAAAAAUUUCGGUCAUAUUCUCAACCGGAUUUUUUAGCUGAGAUGUGGAGUACUUCAGGAGGGUCGACAUCAAGGGUGAAAUCACUGAAAAAGAUAUUUCACAGGAAAAAAUAUGCACGAUUUAGGAACGAAAAAGAUUUGACUUUAGAUAGGCUACACCAAGAUGAUUUAGAGUGUGACACAUAUGGCAGGGAUACUGAGCUCGCUGGACAACGACAGCGGCAGACCAUUCUUGGAAGAGUGAAGUCUGGGCAACAGGAAGUAGUGGACGAGGAGCAUAAAUCUAGACUUAAACUGCAAACCAAAAUUCUUACCAAAAGAAGUCAGCGCUCCAGCCAUGAAAGAGAGCGACAAGACUUUCCUGGAAGUCUGGGAUCAUCAUCCACGUUCAACGACUAUGGUCAAAUCGAGGCUACCAUCUCAUUUGCAGCUCAUGUCAGAAGACAGGGUCCCGGAUUUUCAGCCAGUUGUACUCAAACCCUACGCACAUGUGAUUUGAAUACACUCGGCGAUUUGUUUGAAAGCGAGGUUCACAGUAACGUGACAUUCAAUCCUCUCUUUGAAGAUGACGACAGUGAUGAACACAAACGAGUACCCUUGAGGAGACACCGAUUGUAUACGAUCGAUGAAGAGUCGGAAGUUUACGACUCAGGCUCCUGACUCCAUGAAAUCCAAUUUACACUACUUGAAAAAAAAAACCACUUGAAAAAAAGAAGCUAAUAUUACAAAGAGCGCAAAGCGUUUAUGCGCGUGAAUAAUUUUGUAACAGUUUUACAAGGAAAAACAAAAAAGGAGAUGAAAGGUUUGUUUAACGGUAGGCAGGUAAAGAAAUUCCAAUUUGUAAAUAAUUUCAAGUUAGGUAGGUAGUCAUUUAACCCACAUAGAGAAGAACACAGCACUGUGAUUCCAGUUCCACUUGCACAGCUUUCAUGUAUUAUGACAACCGGAAGUGCUUCAUAAACCUUAGAAACACUCUCAGCAUUUUACAAGAAAGACGGUACCUAACGGUUACGCUAUGAGGCCUGGUAAUUGCCCUGGAAAUGAUUUCGGAGAUGUGUAACAGAAUUCGCAAGCGAUGCAACAACGUAUCCCCAGUUGCCUCUCAUUCAAGCAUGACGGCCGAGAAUUCUCCCUCAAAACCAAGACCUGCGCUAACCCAAUUAUAAAAAACCCAAACGACUUGUUUUAUGAUAAAGUCCCAACUGGCUACGCCAUGAGACCUGGUGAUUGCCCUGGAAACGACAUGUGGUUUAUAUACGCCCGAUCGACUUCUCUGGAAGAGUGUGCUAGACGCUACAGUAGCCACCCUACCUGUAUCUCGUUUAUGUUCUAUAAUGGCCAUUACCUUAACCUUAAACUGUAACUCAGUCAGGUUUUCGAUAUUUAAGAUUAAAGUUAUAUUUCAGUCAGAGUUCUAUUUAGGGUAUUUGAGGGGUAGAGGCUUCCCCCCCCCCAAAAAAGUAUAGCUUCCUCCCCCAAUAAAUAUUGUUAGUAAAAUCCAACUAGUAGUCUAUUAUCAUUGCUGCAUUCUGAUUGGUUGAGCUACUACUAGGCUAUAUGUUAUAGCCCCCUAGUAGCGAAAAGCGAGGACUUUUUGGCGGCAAAAAAGGAUUAAAGUCUCCCUUAACUAGCUAAAAUUUUCUAUUCUCGAUAUUUUUGACCAACUAGUUAGAUUUUACUAAAACAAUUAUUCCACUCGCCCUCAUGGCCUCUGAGUCAAUAGCCUAUUCGGCCUUCGGCCUCAUGGGCUAUUGACUCAGAGCCCGUUCGGGCUCGAGGAAUAAUUGUUAAUUAUCAUUACGAUAUAUAAGUAACUACAUCAGAAAAAUCAUCCGGACGCGACGAGGUCAGUGCACAUAAAGUAAGUAUUCCUUGUCUAAGGACACUAUAUGACAAGGAACAUGGGGUAUUCUUAAAUAAAAUACCACUGUAACAUUUCUAAAAAUUGUCUCAGAAGGCAGCAGAAGUACCGGCUCAAAAAAGAUGCAUAUACAGCCUCAAUUGAGAAACUUGUGUGGUACUGUAACAGUGCCUGUAUAAGUUGCCACAAAGGUGUUUGCAGGAAAAUUAGCCACCAUGCAAAGCAAAUUGUCAACCGUAAAAACUAAAAACACCAAGGGCGAAAAACUGCCAACAAUAAAUAUUCUGUUUUAUUGCUGUCUCUCUUAUUACAAUUGGUUUUCUGAGUAAAGAUUACGCCCAGCUAACAGAGUCCCUUUGACCAUUCCUAGGAAGAUUGAAGGAAACUCUGUUCGCUGGUCAUAGAGAUAAGGGCUAAGCGAAAGAGGGCAAAAAGGUGUUUUGCUUUAACUUAAUUGCUCCAUUCAAUACCUAACUGCCGGUUCAGGGCCAUUCUUAAUAAUAUCUGGAAAUAUUGUUAUGCCAGGGUAUAAAACUUGAAGGCUGUGCAGCACUAUGAAAACAGCUGUAAUAAGCACAGAAAAAGGGAAAUAAUCAAUCGAUAAUGUUAUUUGUUUUAACACCUCGCUAUUAGAGGUUAGGCCAUUUCAUGAUGACGACAUUUGACUUCAACUACAAGAAUUCGUUUCUUUUGUGAUUUUUUACCUAAAGUUAUUCAUCCCGCAGAGGUUGAAACAAUAGCCCUAAUUUGCUCAAGAAAACAACAAACUGAAGGAUUCUGAUGGUUGUAGUAAAAAUGAUGUCAUCGUGCAAUUGUUCUUUUACAGCUUAAAGCCAUGAUAAAUACGUUAAGAAAAGCUACAAUUUUGUCUUUAACUCAGCUUGUACAUUGCAGAUAAAAACGUUCUUACUUUAGUUACCUUGUUAGUUUUGGACAAGAAAUAUUCACCCACUAGUCAAGUACUGGGUAAAUCGCAAUAACUCUGACUUGUUUACAUAAUUGGUUUUAAACAUCAACGAAUUAAUAAAAAUAUACUCGAAGAUUGACGCAUCACCGAAGAUAACUUAUGACACCGCACUGGUCACUGAAGUGGUGUUGCACCGAAGUUAAUCACAGUAGUCUCUUGUAAAAACGGAAAGCAGGGAGUUCAAAAUAUUCUGAAACUGGGAAAAAAGUGAAUUAAUGAUAGUACUUUUUCGCAAUAUCAACUAGUUCUCAAUUUUUGAGAAUCCUUGAAAGCCGAACAAUAACUCCUUAUUCUCACCCUUGGCGUUAAUGCUUUUUGUGACUGAUGAUUGUUAUAGUUCUCCUAGGGUUUGUAAAAACGAUUUCAAAGACAUCUGGAACCACAAAAACUGACACCAGCAAUAGCGUGAUUAAGAAAGCCAAACAAACGUGUUAUGGUUGGUGUUUUUGGUUUUGAAAUAAAAGUACCCGUUGUCGUGAGGUCACGUGACAAGAGAGACAACAUCGUUCACUGCGCUGUUUAGUAUUUUAGUGCUAUGACAUAAAUUCCAUCAUCAAAACUUCAUCUAACCUCCACAACAAAAAAGAAACAAUAAUCUUGAGAGGUAAGAGUUUUCAUGUUGGUAUCUAAAUAACCUCUGAGCAUAUAUUAAAAUGAGCGUAACUUUUUAUAAAAUUAGAGAAGGUAGAUGAUCUUGAAGUUAUAAAUUUCCUUAUGAUGAUGUUGUGAUAUUUGUUUAGGGUCAACACCUUUGAAGCUAGAUAGUUUCAUAGCCAGCUAUUUGAUCAAGAAAAUGUAAAAGAAUGAAUUUUAUGCUUUCUAUGAGUAUGAAGAAGUCGACAGUGAGAUCGGAUGAAGGAUAGCCAGAAAAGAGAUUGAUUGAUUUCAUUGACAGCUUUUUUUCUAUCAGAAUAUGUCAACUGGUAGAUAAAAGAUAGCUGUCAAAGGAGAAUAAACAACUGUCUUUUCCAUUCACAUCAAAACAAUCUCUUUAUAAAAAGGGGAUCACCAUAUAACAUCCUCCCUUACUAUAACGCUGAUAAAACUGUUUAAUCAAUUGUCUGGAUAGUAAUUAAUCUAUUAAAUUAAUCUGGCAUCGUAUGAAUUAAAUUAGGGAAAAAUUACGUCACUGACGGAUCAAUUGAGUUUUGUAAAAACCGCAGGUAGGGUCAUAUCAAAAGUUUUAAGUCUCUCGUGUGAGAAACCAGAACUUCAAGAUCAUUGUGACAAUCAUAUGGCUAAAAAACUUUACAAUAAUUCUAUUAAAUGGAUUUAUCUAACAUUUUUUAAAAUUCUAAUACAGCGGAACCUUACAACCUCCGUUAUGAAUAAGACUAUAGGAUGUUCUUUACCCAACUGUAAGUUUUAAUAGCAAUUGUAUGGUAGGGUGUCCAAACGAAACGACUGCCAUUAAUUCCAAGUUUAUUUAUUGGCACGCCGGGGUUGCAUUUUUCUGUUUUAGGCGAAUGUGAUAUAGUGUGUAACGUACCUCUUACUAAAUUUUAAAAAGUCUGUAAAGAUUAAUAAAAACAGGAAAUUUUAAGUAUUUUCUUUCAAGCUUGUAUAGUGUACUUACAGAUAUAAAACGUUUAUCCUCAUCUUCUUUUUCUAUUUCCUCCCCCCUCCCCCAACCCCACCCGUCAGGAAUUCAUUUGCAUUCACUGGUGGUCGUUUCAUAAACAGACUCCUUUCCAGGGGCGCUCUGACAAACGUGAAGAGAAUUCAUUGCACCAAGGGACCUUUGCCCUUCCCAGCAUCCCUGCGACCUUAAUUACUUUCCCAGGUUUUUAUCACCUAGCAAUGAGGAGAGACUCAGUGCACGGGUGAGAGGCCGUCCCUGAGUUCUUUGAAAAUCUAACUACCGUGCUUUUUCAUUAUUCCAUCAACAAGAAGUCAUUAUGGACCGAGGACAGCUUCUAUUGGCUGUUUUGCUGUCAAUCACUUUCUGCGCAUACGCUCAACAGCAACAACAACAACAACAACAACAACACACAGGUACGAUUGCGUCGGCUUAGUAAGAAAAAAAUCCACUGCGUUGAUUGCUCCUUUAUGUAAGUCCUUCAGCUUCUCAGUAGCCUUCCACGCAGACGGUCUUAGGGGUUCGUCACGCGUUCCUGCACCACUAACUGCCCCACUUAGUGGGGCAGGAACCCCUAAGAACGUCUGCGUGGGAGGUUAUCUUCUUAGGCGACUGAAGAGAUAAGUUAUCUUUCUAUCAUAUUGUGCAUUAUGCAAUUAUGUGAGAGCAUGAGAGAAGUGGCGUCUUUGAUUUCAUGUUGUUCCACUGGCAUACGAGAUUACCUAUAGAAGCCAUCGAGGAGUUUACAAAUUCAAUCGAGAAAUUGAAAUAGUACAUCUAUUUACUACUACUUUAUCUGUUACAAACUUCAGUUUUUGCCAUGGUUGUUGGAAAGAAAGACCAAAAGUUACCAGGUAAGUACCAUUUAAAAUUUCCUGUGUAAGGAGUUCUGCUUCACAAGGAGCUGAUUCGAUUUAUAUUCUUCGUCUAAGAAAUCAAAGUUAACGGCGUGAAAAUGGACUUACAUACGCCACAAGGGAAUCAAGUGAGUCAGCAAGCAACAGGGGCUCUAGUACAAGGGCCUCCGUCAGGUAAGCAGAGAGGAGAACCUUAUGAUAUAGGACGCUACUACUACGGAACGUUAACGUUGUGGAAGGUACUGAACGCUCUUACCUCGGGUAAAACGAAAACGGAGUUGUAUUUAACCGAUGUUUUAUGGCCCUUUAACAAAGUGCAAAAACGGUGGACGAAAGAAGCAGGAACUUAAAAUAAGACAAAUUUGAAUAUUUUUCUCUCACUUCUCUCCAUUGUUCCUGUUCCGUUACCUUUGCUUCUUCUAUAUUAACUGAAAGCCUGGGACGGGCUAAUAGGUCGAAAAUUUUCAAGGAAUGUAUGGACUCAUAAACGCCUUUAACACCCACACUCUUUUGUAAGGAAAAGGACGACAUAUUGUAUAGGCUUCUAGGUUUAACUAUUUUUCAUAUAUUUAUAUGUGGAAGCAAAUUUUUAAUUGAGCAUGAUACAAACUUCUUCUGGUUACAAAUAACAAUGACCAGUGGAGUUCCGCUGGUAACGCUAAUGAAAUAAAUAAAACACAUUGAGGUAUAAAAUUGUAAUUAUCAUCGUUCUUUUUGCGCAACUUGGAAUAGUCCAAAUUUACAGACUUCCAUAGUAGUCCAUACUGAAGUUCUGUGAAUUUUAUCAAAACACAAUAUUUGCAAAUAAAAACAAAUCAUUUUAGCCCUCGCCCCUUCACUACUUUUACCUUACGACAUAUAACAUAUACUCGUGAUAUUAUUGAGUGCAAAGUACUGAAGCAAUCACUCAGUUUAACAUUACUAUUAUUAUGAUAUAUCAGUUCUCUUCUACAGCGAAUUUAACUUGAAUUGUCCACUUACACACAUAUACAGACCCCGAAACCUUCAUUGUUAAACACAAAGGCGCUGAUACAAAGGAAUCUAAACCUCCAGCAAUGGCAGGUAUGAACUUUACAAAUUUACCAUGAUAUAUAUAACCCAGAGCUUAGACCACAAAUACAUAACCUCUUAAUUUUCCUCAGGGGUGGUAUGUUUCCGGGCCGUCUAGUUACCAAUACAAGAGAGGGUGCAGCACGCAGCCUGCGAGCAAACUCUCCAUUUCUGGUAGCGAGUGAAACGAGCCGCGCUCCUCUCACUUUCCGUCCGUGCGUGAUUUCUCGCGAUAUCACGCAAAUGGGAAGCGUGUUCUAAAGUUAUCUUCCGCGAGCAGCGAGGAGAAGGGCUGGAUAAGAAGAUAAAAGAAAGAGCCAUACGUUUUUGGCGUGGUUGGCUUAACCUGUACUUCCUUAUUCUUAUCAUGAAGAUUUAGCAAGGAAAAUGCAAAAUCAAAUGAAAACCCGAAAGACCGAGGAAUGGAAAAAACGUGACCUCCUGUCCUCAAUUUGUCUUUCUGCCAAUGGUGACGAAGUUACUCUCGUCAUGUGUCUGCCUAGUUCUCCUUUAACACCGAGCUUCAAUCACUAGCGUGUUUUAAGAGAAGCCAACAAAGCCAUAAGAAAUAUGCAAUUCGUUUUAUAUUUUUUAACAUUAGACAGUUCUAAGCAGCGAAGAUACCAGCCUUGAACAGUUACAACCCUUGUUAUGGUUUUCUGUUUCGCUAAAUUGCAAUGGUAUUUAAUGCUGAAUUUACUUUUCCUCACUCUGCAGAGGCUAUAGUGAUGCCCUCAAAGCCCAAAACGGGUAAGUAAUAUAUAUUGAAAACCUAUCGUGUCCUUUCAAGGUGUGUAAUAACCUUUUGACGGAACACCCAUGGGCAAGUUUCGUUACUUCUACUCUACACGCUGAGGUUCAGUUUUGGACAGCAACAAAUAAUAAUAAUAAUAAUAUAAUAAUAAUAAUAAUAAUAAUAAUAAUAAAUGCACUUUAUUUGAGUGUCAAUGUAUUUAGCACGAAAGUGCGAAAGUGCUAAUUGGGGACACUAUAUUAACGUCUCCUGCUGGAGACGGGACCGCCAUUUUACGUGGUAGUCCGAGCCACGCGAAGGUCUAGCCACUUGCAGCGCAAAGGGAGUACGUUCAUUUCUCAGUUAUUUUAAGACCCUGAGUAUUGGUGCGGUCCCGGGAAUCGAACCCGCGACCUCCCGCUCUGCAGUAAGCGCUCUACCGACUGAGCUAAUCCUGCCGCGGCAAGCAUUUUGUCCAGUACAUAUUUAUGGCUUGAUAUUGACCAAGUUCCUUUUGGCGUUUUUAUGGACCGUCAAGAUAAUCAAGAGGACCUCUAGCUUCUUCAGGGUCUUUCACUAUCCACUCAUCCCAGAGGCCUUUCUAGUUAGGAUCAAAUUAAACACCAAUAUGUAUUUUUACCUUUGCUGAUAAUAACCGCAACGCCCACAUGGCUAAUGGAAAUUUCAAGAACACGAAAAAAUGGAAGCUACAAUUGGCGACAAAAUGAGUUGAGACACUUUGCCCUAAAUGAACUUUUUGACGUUUUCCGGACUUAAAAGGAGAAAAGAUAGGGUUUUCUCCCCCAUCCCCUCCAUGCAAUGUUGUGCCACUGUUCGAGCUACCUUUAGAAAACAAGAAACAUCCCAACUUUCAAUGGGGGGACAGGGGAGGGGUGUGGAUUCUUAUGUUUUUGAAGUUACCCUAUUUGAGUACAACGUCUCAACAAUUUUGUCGCCGAUUGUAUAUAUUUAAAAUUAUAAUUUUUUAUUUUUUAGGUCAGGAUAAAAUGAUGGAUAAACUUAACCUGACGAAAGAAGAAAAAGGUAAGAGAUUCUAAAGGUUAGUGUGGUGCAUUUUUUGGGUUUGCUUUAAAACGUUUUCUGAUGCGUCAGGUAAAGGUUAUAAUUAGCUCUUGUAGAGAAAACCGUCACCUACAAAACGGCUAUAUCUAUUUAGCAAGAGCCCUCCUACUUGUAUAAGAGCUAAUUUACUAAGUACCACCCUGUUGUUCCCACUACCCCAACAUUGACACAACCAGCCUUUUAAUGGGACAAAAUCAUUAAGGUGACCAACUUUCAUAACUAUCAAACUACUAUUGCAGAGAAAUUGUUUCCAUGCGAAAACUACCAACCUUAUUGUGACAAUUAUGCUGUAAACGGACAGUGCCGAGAUGUGUGGACGCAAAAGAACUGCAGGAAGAGCUGUAAACUAUGCGAUGGUAAGCAAAUCAAACCCCCUUACCAUUGAGUCAGUCCGUCGAUAUUCAGUAGUUGAAAAUUGAGUAUACAUUUAAAUUAUUGCACAGUGAUUUGUGAUUGGCUAAACUCCGCGCUGUUCGAGUCAAACAUACAUGUGCUUUCAAGUACUUAUAGGCGGGGAAUUUGAAUUUUGAAAGACUUCAAGGGAAGGAAAGAAGUUGUGUAAGUAUUGAGGUCAGGAGAAAAUUUCUCCCGCACAGGUUGCUCACUAGCCGACUGUGUUAAGCCUUCAUCCCUCUCGCCUAUUCAUUAAUCGGUGGAUGUCACAUAGAUUUGAGUCAAUUGCUGAAUGUGUUAUUAAACAUUUUAGUUCCUUAUGGAGUCUUUAUUGGAUGCCAGGAUCUCGAUGUCUGUAAAAGAUUCGCCACUUCGGCUUGCAUGCUUAGCUGGGUUAGAGACACGUGCAAGAGCAAAUGUGGUCAGUGUGAUUAUGGUAAGGAACGUGUGGCGCGUACUGGGUUUGUGGGCUCCUGAAAACAUGUAAUUACUCUUUUUAAAGGGGCUAUGCCACGAUGAUUUUGUGAUUUCAAAAAGGCCAAUUCUGUGCUGAAGUCAUUACUUAGAACCUUUUACCCAUACACAAAAUGCGUGACAUAGUCUUGAAUUACAAAACUCGCGAUGCGAGAAAAGUUUUUGCUUUUAAAAAGAUAGCAAAUCGCGAGAUAUAGUACUCUCUAAUUGUAAGUAGAAUUAUUUUCAGCAUGAAAGGCGUUUGAGAAGAAGCUGAACCUGCAACUUAAGGAACAUCAUAGUAUAUUCGCAGCAGUUUUUUAACACAUGACCCCUCUGCUUCUUGUAUUUUAGAGCGUCAAGCUAACAGCAAUAUAGUCAUGGGCAAAAAGAGACAUUUCUUUGGCAAGAAAGAUAAUCAUUCAGACAAACCUGUUGUUCAAAAGGACAAGGAAAAACACACUGAUAAAAAGAACCACAAGACUACUUCACACGACGGUAAACCUAAACAAAUUCAUAAAGCUCUAAAGACAAUCAGCAAAAAGGAAAAAGACAAAGUAAUCAAAGCGAUGAAAAUACAGAAAAUCAAGGCAGUCGCUCCUGAGAAGACCAGUAAAGGUGACGUGAAGGCUCAGGACAAACCGGAAAUUACCGGUUUGAAACCGGAAGCUGCUGUUGAUGAAAAACCAGUUCCAAAAGACGAAGAAGACGACAGUGAGGAGUCUGGUGAGGAGUCAAAAGCGGUGGUGAACAAGAGUGAUGAAAGCGACGCUGAUGAUGAUGACGAUACAGCUGAUAAUAAUAACGACAGUGAUGAGGUAGGUUGGACAGAGUUAUUCAGUCAAUAA